AACCAGUCGCAGCUAUUAAGUUUUUUCUGUCUCUGUGUAUGAGUUCUGUAAUAGAAAGCGACAAAGAGCCAAUUAUACUAGCAGGCCCCAACGAUGAUGUUUUGCGAGACUUUAGAAGAACGUUAGCUGAUAUCGCUCCAGAGACUGUACAGAAAGGGAGAAAUCUGCGGAUGCUUGUAGGCAAGAAACUGUUUGAGGAAAGUUUGAAUUUAAGUCAUUGCAGAUGCUUCCUGGUGAUGCCACGUGCUAGUCGCACUCUUGUCUACAUAGAGGGUGACCGUUCUAGCAUGUAUCAAGUGCUCAAACACAUGUGCUUGACAAAUGACGACAAAUGGGACAUCGAACGCGUUUUGAUCAUAUUGUAUCGAAACGAAGAAGUUGCACAAAAAGAUGAUCUGUAUGAUUAUCAGAAGAUCGACUUAUUGUGGGAUCGUGGACUCCAAAAAAGACUCAAGCAGUUUGCCACAGAAGACCACCUGAUCAGCUUUAAAAGUGCACUUAACUCUAAACAGAAAAACGUCAUUCGCAAAUUUUUAGGAUACAAAAAGAUUUCAAGCAGAGAAUCGGAAUACACCGAUGAAACAAUAAAGCAAAAGUUGGUUACUACAAUCCGGUGGCUUGCAUCGUUGGUUUGUCACUGUAUUAUUUGGUUGACAACUAUCUUCGGAACUGCAAUCUGGUGGCUUGCAUCGUUAGUUUGUCACUGUAUUACUUGGUUGCUGACAACUAGCUUCGGAACAAUGGCUCACUGCUGUCACACUUGGUUGCUAGACACCAAUUGCAAGCUAGUGAAAAUGAUCUGUUUCUGUUUUACGUGGUUGCUGGCUACUAAGCUGGGUAAAAUUGUUCUUUCUUGGUCUACUCGGAUGCGGUUGCUUACAACUAGCUUUGGAACUACAAUCUGGUGGCUUGCAUUGUUGGUUUGUCACUGUUUUACUUGGUUGACAGCUAGCUUUGGAGCAAUGGCGCACUGCUGCCACACUUGGUUGAUAGACACCAACAAGCUAGUGAAAAUUAUCUGCUUCUGUUUUACGUUGUUGCUGGCUACUGAGCUGGGUAAAGAUGUUCUUUCUUGGUUUACUCUGAUGCGGUUGCUGACAAUUAGCUUCGGAACUACAAUCUGGUGGCUUGCAUCGUUUGUUUGUCACUGUAUUACUUGGUUGACAGCUAGCUUCGGAACAAUGGCUUACUGCUGCCACACUUGGUUGCUAGACACCAACAUGCUAGUGAAAAUGAUCUGCUUCUGUUUUAUGUUGUUGCUGGCUACUAAACUUUGCAAAGUUGUUCUUUCGUGGUUUACUCGGAUGCGGUUGCUGACAACUAGCUUCAGAACAAUGGCUCACUGCUGCCAGACUUGGUUGCUAGACACCAACAAGCUAGUGAAAAUGAUCUGCUUCUGUUUUACGUGGUUGCUGGCUACUAAGCUGGGUAAAGGUGUUCUUUCUUGGUCUACUCGGAUGCAGAAUUCUAUUUUAGGAGCAAUGGUCAGCUGCUUUUAUACUUGGUUGAAGAAUACUACGUUGGUGACACUAACCUGCAGAUAUUUUGCUUGGUUCCUGACAUUGACAAUAAUUGACUUGGUUGUACUACCUCCGUGUCUAUUUUUGUAUUUGCUGUUGUCAUGCCUGAAAAAGCUAGCUGGCUUAUUUAGGCAAAACUGAGACAAACUAAAGUUGUGAACACUUAAAGUUUCAUUAAUAUGUUUACUGU